GACAUGCCCUGGGGACCAGUGUCUGUGGAUCAGUGCCUCAGAAACAACAGGUUCUCAGGGGCAUAAACUUGGGGUGAAGGGGACUCUUAAGGAGGAGGGUUCCGGGGUUUGUUUUCUUAGAUGGGGGUUGGGGACUUGCCAUUGUGACUUCCUGUCCCCGGAAGUGGGGCUGGUGGGUUCGGAGGCAAUAUCCUGCCCCCCUUCAGAGAUCAGAGGAGACUCUCCCCACCCAGCCCCUUUAUCUUCUCUCUAGCCCACUCAGCCCUGUCUGUCCCCAGGACCCUGUCCUCCUCACUCAGACCCAAGAGUUCAGGGCCCACAACCCCUCACCUCCUCCCUCAGACCCUGGAGUAUAGAACUCAGUUCUUCUUCCUUCUGACCCAGAGCUUCAGAACCUGGACUCUUCUCUGACCCAAGGUCCAGACCUCCAACUCCUCCCUCUGACCCAGAGGUUCAGACCCUGGGCUCCUCCCUUCUCCCUCGGACCUAGUUCAGGCCAGCAGCUCCCUCCUCUGUCAGGGCCCCGAAACUGCAGGCUGUGGUGGAUCCAGACUUCUGGGGCCCCCCCUUCCUGUCCUUCGGUCCCCGCCCUGCUGGCCUCUGAAGGGCUCUUUGUGGCACACAGAGGCCCCAUUGAGCUGGAGGCCCCGAACGGAGGGGGGUUGGGGGGGCCUGUUUACUCACCUUCGCACCUGGGCCAGGAAUCUGUGAGUAACCGCCCAGGCCUGCGCUUCCCCUAACCACCACCCUCCUCUCCCCCAGCCCUGCAGCGCCCAUGGAGGCCGAAGACUGCACCCGAGGGGUGGUCCCCGGGGCACCCCGGCCUGGCUCGAUGCCCAUCAGCAUCAUCGGGGCCGAGGAUGAGGAUUUUGAGAAUGAGCUGGAGACGAACUCAGAUGAGCAGAACAGCCAGUUCCAGAGCCUCGAGGAUGUCAAGCGGAGGCCGGCCCACCUCAUGGCCCUCCUGCACCAUGUGGCCCUGCAGUUUGAGCCAGGACCCCUGCUAUGCUCUCUGCACGCGGACAUGCUGGUCUCGCUGGGCCCUAAGGAGGCCAGGAAGGCCUUCCUCGACUUCUACCACAGCUUCCUGGAGAAGACGGCGAUCCUGCGUGUGCCUGUCCCGCCCUCUGUUUCCUUUGAGCUUGACCGCACGCGGCCGGACCUCCUUUCUGAGGACCACCAGAGGCAGUUCGUACAGGAGGUGGUGCAGAGCCUGCAGGCGGCCGUGACUCGGCAGCUGGAAGAUUUCCGCUCCAAGCGGCUCAUGGGCAUGACGCCCUGGGAGCAGGACCUGAGCCAGCUGGAGGCCUGGGUGGGGCGUGACCGUGCCACCUUCGAGGCCCGGGAGCGGCAUGUGGCCGAGCGGCUGCUGUCUCACCUGGAGGAGAUGCAGCACACCAUCUCUGCGGACGAGGAGAAGAGUGCCGCUGUGGUCAAUGGCAUCAGCCUCUACAUGCGCCACCUCGGGGUGCGGACCAAGAGCGGGGACAAGAAGUCGGGGAGAAAUUUCUUCCGGAAAAAGGUUAUGGGGAACCGGCGCUCAGAUGAGCCGACCAAACCCAAGAAGGGGCUGAGCAGCUUUCUGGAUGCAGCCCGCUGGAGCCGGGGGGAGCCCCCAGCCCCAGAUUUCCGACAUCUCAAAACUGAUACCGAUGCUGAAAGGUCUGGCCUGGCCGAAAGGAAGGGGGGCCUGGGGAUACCUUCCCGGGACCGGAAUAUUGGGGCCUCUGUCCAGGAAAACCCUGGAUUCUCUGUGCUCCCUCCGCCUGGAGACAGCCCAGACCGGGAAGCAGGUGUGGACGCCCCUCCGGAGAUGGGGGAGCCGUCCCCACAGGGCCCCGCCAGCCUGGAGCCCCCCAUCCCUCUGGAGAACACAGAGGAGGGUGCUGACUCGGAGAGACUGUCGGGGCGUCUGGGGCGUUCAGAGAGCUUGCGGGUGACUGAUCGCCGCCGGCCUUCCCGGGGCAGCCUCGGGACGAAGGGCCGGGGUGGGGGCCGCUCCCGGAGUGACGUGGACAUGGACCCCAGCUCUGCCACGGCCGCGCUCGGCCCUGCCCGACGAGCCACCCCUGAACCUGGGGACGAGGGGGAGCCGGGGCGGCCCACGCAGGAACCGGAGCCUGAGGAACCCCCUGGCUGGCGGGAGUUGGUCCCCCCAGACACCCUGCACAGCUUGCCCAAGAGCCAGGUGAAGCGGCAGGAGGUGAUCAGUGAGCUGCUGGUGACGGAGGCGGCCCACGUGCGUAUGCUCCGGGUGCUACAUGAUCUCUUCUACCAGCCCAUGGCCGACGGGGGUUUCUUCCCGUUGGAGGAGCUGCAGAACAUCUUCCCCAGCCUGGAUGAGCUCAUUGAGGUGCACUCCCUAUUCCUCGAUCGCCUGGUGAAGCGGAGGCAGGACAGCGGCCACAUCAUCGAGGAGAUCGGAGACGUGCUCCUGGCCCGGUUCGAUGGGACAGAGGGUUCCUGGUUCCAGAAAAUUUCCUCCCGCUUCUGCAGCCGCCAGUCAUUUGCCUUAGAGCAGCUCAAAGCCAAACAGCGCAAGGAACCUCGGUUCUGUGCCUUCGUGCAGGAGGCGGAGAGCCGGCCACGGUGUCGCCGCCUACAGCUGAAGGACAUGAUCCCCACGGAGAUGCAGCGGCUCACCAAGUACCCACUGCUGCUGCAGAGUAUCGGGCAAAACACAGAGGAGACCAAGGAGCGGGAGAAGGUGGAGCGGGCCGCCGAGUGCUGCCGGGAAAUCCUGCACCACGUCAACCAGGCCGUGCGUGACAUGGAGGAUCUGCAGCGGCUCAAGGACUAUCAGCGUCGCUUGGACUUGUCCCAUCUGCGGCAGAGCAGCGACCCCAUGUUGAGCGAGUUCAAGAACCUGGACAUCACCAAGAAGAAGCUCAUCCAUGAGGGCCCGCUGACGUGGCGGGUAACCAAGGACAAGGCUGUGGAGGUUCACGUGCUGCUCCUUGACGACCUCCUGCUGCUGCUGCAGCGUCAGGACGAGCGGCUGCUACUCAAGUCGCACAGCCGUACGCUGACAGCCACACCCGACGGCAAGACCAUGCUGCGGCCCGUGCUGCGGCUCACGUCGGCCAUGACGCGUGAUGUGGCCACAGAUCGCAAAGCCUUCUACGUCAUUUUCACCUGGGACCAGGAGGCGCAGAUCUACGAGCUGGUGGCCCAGACCGUGUCCGAGCGCAAGAACUGGUGCGCCCUCAUCACAGAGACCGCCGGAUCCCUGAAGGUCCCCGCCCCUGCCUCCCGCCCCAAACCCCGCCCCAGCCCAAGCAGUACCCGAGAGCCCCUGCUUAACACCGCUGAAAACGGCAGCAUAGGCAGCAUAGGCCGAGAGGCACCUCCUGCUGACGGCCGGAUGGAAAAAAUCGUCAGCGCCCUCCUGCCCUUCAGCAGACCCGGCCCUGAGGGCCAGCUCUCCGCCAAGGCGCUACUCAAAGUGCUGUCGCUGAAGCGGUUCAUGGCAGAGGAGGAUACCGGGGUGGGGCCUCCCCAAGAAGGGGAUGGGGUGCCAGGGGGUGGCUCCCCGGCUCCCACCCGCACCCAAGAAAUGCAGGAGGACCUGCUGGCCCUGGAGGAGAUCAUCAAGCAAAUGGAGGAGAUGGAAGAGGAGUUCUGUCGCCUACGACUGGUCCUAUCUCAGCUCAGGGACGUCACUGCCCCCCCUUCUGGCUGUACUUGAGGUUUGAGGUUCAACCAGACUUUCCACCAAGAGGAAUGGGAGGACCACCAGAAGGAACAGAGGAGCACGUGAGGGCCCCCAGCCCACAGCACUGCCCGCCACACCCCAGCCCCAGCCCCAGGUUCAGGGGCCCAGCUGCCUGCCGCAACCCCCAGGGCUUGGGGUCUGGUCUCCUCGCCUCCUGCCUUCCACACCAGGGACUCAGGGCUUCAUUCCUGGGGGCACCGAUGGGACCCCUGUUGUCCGGCCGUCUCAGUAUUGCCUGGGGGCCGUCGCUCCCCUCCCCUCCCUGCCCCUCCCCAAGUGCCUUCGCUCUGUUUUUAUACCCUGAACCGGAGGUUUAUUUUUAAUAUAUAUUAUCUGAGGA